AUGGCAUCUGUAUUUCUUUAUCAUGUGGUGGGAGAUCUGACGGUGGGGAAGCCAGAGUUGGUGGAAUUCUAUGAGACAGAGACGGUAGAAUCUGCGAUUCGGGCGAUUGGAGAGUCGACAGAGUGUGGGAUUCCAGUUUGGAAGAGGAAAUCUCAUGUGGGCAUGAUUGAAAACAGUGAAAUAAGACAACAGAGGUUUGUUGGUAUUUUAAAUUCUCUUGAUAUUGUGGCUUUUUUAGCUUCAAGUGAGUGCUUGGAGAAUCAGGAUAAGGCCAUCAAGACUCCAGUCUCUCAGGUUGUUGUUCCUAAUACUUGGCUUCUCAAACAGGUUGAUCCUGCUACAAGAGCUGUAAUCAUGGUCAUGCUGACACUUCUCUCAUUAUUCUGCCAUCUGGCAAAUGUUAUGCUCGUGGUGUUUGUCAUUGCCGAUGUUGAGCUUCUUUUUGGUGCAUCUUGA